UAAAUAUUUAAAUCGGGUUGGCAGCUCCAUAACGCCUAUGCAACAGUUUACGGUGCACUUAUAUUGUAUAUAAAAAAAGAGUUGUUGAGAAUGGUAUAAUAAUGCUGCGUAAAAGUCACAGCCAGGCUAUUUUGCUGGUACGCAGUCUUGGGGAUAUAACCCGUGGAUUGGCUGCAACAAAGAAGCCGACCAAGAAACGGGAAAAUGUCAAGCCCCCCAAAGCGCCGACCAAAGAAUCGGAGUUGCCUGUGGAUGAGUCUUUAAAUCCUGGUUACCUUACACGUACCUUAGUUUUUUCAGGCAGUAAUUACCGUGUCUGGGCAGCAGCUUUGGAAAAGCAUCCCGAAUUAAGAACUGUGAAAAGGAAGGAUCUGCAGAACGCCUUCAAUGCUUUAAAAUCGUUGAAUUACAGUGUCGAUGACAUCGUAACAAAGCCAAUGAUUAUGUAUUAUAAUGCAUCGACGCUAUCCAACCGUCACAGUGUGCUGCUUGAAUGUGGGCUGCAGGAAAUUUCCAUUCCCACAUUGUUUAAAUACGUGACGGUGAUAAACAGGCCUAUUAACAUACUAAAAUCAUAUCGCUACAUACCAUACGAUCUGAAUGUGUCUCGAAAAUUGGCUGCAUCCUUUACAGAUGUGGAGUUGCCCAAGCAUUUGCAUGAAUCUGUUGAUGAGAUCAUCCCACUAAAGACUCUGAGGCAGACACUGCUCAAUGAAUACCUGAGCCGGCGUCUGCAAAUGAGUGACGAGGAUCUGGCGAAGAUGUGGCGCGUCUAUGGACGUGUACGCCACAAAAGUUUUCAAUCUGUUCAGGAUACAAUUGAGCUGUUGACCAAGGAGCUUAAUUUUCCUGACGAACGUCUGCGCAAAAAUAUCUUUCUGCUGCAUGCCGAUGCGGAUAAUGUACGUCGCAUACUGCAGGAGAUACCCACAAUAGAUGACAUGGAUAUAAAGCAAAUAGGUUUUCGUCGACCCAAAAUCCUAAUGUCCAGUUGUGACAGCCUCAAGCAGACAUUGGAACAUGUUCGCGCCUUUGGCAUCAGAGAGAAUGCUAUCAUGCGCUGCUUGGAGGUGCUUACUCUAGGACCCGAUACCGUGUUGGAGCGCCUGCGAGAUUUAAACGAGAUCGAAGAGUUCCAAGUGCUGGGCACGAAUCCGCGUAUCCUGCGUCUCGUACACUAUCAGAAUAAGGCGCGCCUGCGUCUAGACUAUCUAAAUCAGCUAAAGGUCCGCUGUGCCUCUCUGCAUAUUCUCUCCUGCGGCUCUGAAGCGUUUGCCAAGUUUGCUCGCGAUGGCUCUGAUCGCACGAAAGGUCGCGACAUUAUUUUCUAUUUGAGCAAUCUUAUGUUCAAGGAUCAGCAGCUGCUGCGGGAUCUGCUCUCGCGUCAUCCAAAUUGGUGUCACAUACCUUUAUUGCAGGUGAAACAAUGUCUGGAAUAUUUGCUAAGCAAGAAAUUUUCGAUAGACGACAUUUUCCAUAACAUCCAUCUGCUCGUAUAUCCCAUUAAACGUAUUGAGGAGAAGCUUUUUUUGCUGCAAUCGUCAGACUAUUUCGAGGAACUGCAGCUGCCGAAUGUUUCCGACGUAAAUGCGCUCAGUAACUCACAGAUUUUGACGCUCAUACUCUAUUUAAUCGAAUCAGAGUUUCAUUUUACUGGCGAUGGCAUUUGGACGGAACAGCACUCUCAUCAUGUGGAGAACUUUAAUAAUCUACUGCCUGAUUUCCCAGAGAGCUUGAACAAAGUGUAUAAAUAUGGCGUGAAGCCAGCGGAGAAGACUGUCAUGCAGCACGUAUGAUAGCUUUGAAUUGUAUAUAGUUGUGUUAUUUGUAAUAAAUUGGAAUAUUAAUGAU